CGGAAAGGCGACGGCGCCUGUUUGUUUUUAAAAUCGAGGAGUGCGUGCAGGCUGCUGGACUCUGGGAGGCGACUGAAGGCGGCGGCCGGCGGCGGAGAGGGGACAGCCGAUGCUGGAGCUCGGGCAGGAGUGGGGCUCCAGGACCCUGUGGAGGAGCAUCAUGAGCUGGGAAGAGUAGACGAGCCCCAGAGCCUCUCUGCGAAGAGGAAGGAAGAGUCAGCAGUUCUUCUUCCUCGUGCCUGACUGUAUCAUACAGCAUCUUCCUUUGCCCUGCCCUGCCCUGCCCCCACUGGCUCCAGGACUAGGACCGGGCUUCCAGCAGGACCUUUCCCCAGGGAAUGGGCAACUGGUAAAGCAGGUCUCACUUCCAGGGCCCAGCUGGCCACACCAUGAACCUCCAGGCCCAGCCCAAGGCUCAGAACAAGCGGAAGCGUUGCCUCUUCUUUGGGGACCAGGAGUCAACUCCCAAGGAGCAGCCCCCAUCCCUGCAGGCCCCACAGCAGCCCCCGGCCCCUCCACAGUCCACCAGGGUGAAGGAGGAGCCGUACUUUGGGCACGAGGGUCCGUCAGGAGGCAUUCCCACGUCUCAGCCUGUGGAACUGCCCCCUCCCAACAACCUGGCCUUGCUGAACUCUGUGGUGUAUGGGCCUGAGCGGACCACAGCAGCCAUGUUGUCCCAGCAGCCGGGCUCAGUCAAGUGGCCCAACUCUGUGAUGGCCCCAGGGCGGGGCCCAGAGCAUGGAGGGGGUGGGGGUGUCAGUGACAGCAACUGGCAACAGCAGCCCGGCCAGCCCCCGCCCCACUCAACGUGGAACCGCCACAGCCUGCCUCUCUACAGUGGACCCAAGGGGAGCCCUCAUCCUGGUGUGGGGGUCUCCACCUACUAUAACCACUCUGAGGCACUGAAGCGUGAGAAAGGGGGAGGCCCACAGCUGGACCGCUACGGGAAUGCAGUGCGGCCAGUGAUGCCACAGAAGGUGCAGCUGGAGGUAGGGCGGCCACAGGCCCCUCUCAACUCCUUCCAUGCAGCCAAGAAGCCCCCAAACCAGACACUGCCCCUGCAACCCUUCCAGCUGGCGUUUGGCCACCAGGUGAACCGGCAGGUCUUCCAGCAGGGCCCACCACCCCCCAACCCCGUCACAGCCUAUCCCCCACAGAAGCAGCAGCAGGCAGCCCUGCCCCAGAUGCAGCUCUUCGAAAACUUCUACCCCAUGCAGCAGCCACCCUCCCAGCCUCCCCAGGACUUUGGCCUGCAGCCAGCCGGGCCCCUGGGGCAGUCUCACCUAGCUCACCACAGCAUGGCCUCCUACCCCUUCCCCCCUAACACCGAUUUGAACCCAGAACUGCGCAAGGCCCUCCUGCAGGAGUCAGCCCCGCAGUCUGUGCUACCUCAGGCCCAGAUUGCCUUCCCCCGCCGUUCCCGCCGCCUCUCUAAGGAGGGGGUUCUGCCUCCCACCUCCCUGGAUGGGGCUGGCACCCAACCUGGGCAGGAGCCCACCAGCAACCUGUUCCUACAUCACUGGCCCCCACAACAGCUGCCACCUGGCCCCCUGGGGCAGCCCCAUCCUGAAGCCCUGGGGUUCCCACUGGAGCUGAGGGAGUCACACCUGCUGCCCGAUGGGGAGAGACUGGCACCCAAUGGACGGGAGCGGGAGGCUUCUGCCAUGGGCACUGAGGAGGGCAUGCGGGCAAUGGGCCCAGGGGACUGCGGGCAGGUGCUACGGGGCGGGGUGAUCCAGAGCACGCGACGGAGGCGCCGGGCGUCCCAGGAAGCCAACUUGCUGACCCUGGCCCAGAAGGCAGUGGAGCUGGCCUCGAUGCAGAAUGCAAAGGAUGCCAGUAGCUCUGAGGACAAGAGGAAAAGUGUGUUGACCUCAAAUACCAAGUGUGGGGUAGAGUUUUCCGAGCCUGCUUUAACAGCCAAGCGAGCACGAGAUGACAGCGGGAUGGUACCCCUCAUCAUCCCAGUGUCUGUGCCUGUGCGGACUGUGGACCCAACUGAGGUGGCCCAGGCUGGAGGUGUUGAGGAGGAUGGGAAGGGUCUUGAGCAGAACCCCACUGAACACAAGCCGUCAGUCAUUGUCACCCGCAGGCGUUCCACCCGCAUCCCCGGGACUGAUGCCUCAGCUCAGGCUGAGGAUGUGAAUGUCAAGGGAGAGGGCGAGCCUUCUGUAAGGAAACCAAAGCAGCGGCCAAGACCGGAGCCCCUGAUAAUCCCCACCAAGGCAGGAACUUUCAUCGCCCCACCUGUCUACUCCAACAUCACCCCGUACCAGAGCCACCUGCGGUCUCCUGUCCGCCUAGCCGACCACCCCUCUGAGCGGAGCUUUGAGUUGCCCCCCUACACACCACCCCCCAUCCUCAGCCCCGUGCGGGAAGGCUCUGGCCUCUACUUCAAUGCCAUCAUUUCAACCAACAGCAUCCCAGCCCCUCCUCCCAUCACGCCAAAGAGUGCCCAUCGUACCCUGCUCCGGUCUAACAGUGCUGAAGUCACCCCGCCCGUCCUCUCUGUGAUGGGGGAGGCCACCCCAGUCAGCAUCGAGCCGCGGAUCAACGUGGGCUCCCGGUUCCAAGCGGAAAUCCCCUCGCUGAGGGACCGCAGCUUGGCAGCUACAGACCUCCACAAGGCUGACUUGGUGUGGCAGCCGUGGGAGGACCUAGAGAGCAGCUGGGAGAAGCAGAGGCAAGUGGAAGACCUGCUGACAGCUGCCUGCUCCAGCAUUCUCCCUGGAGCUGGUACCAACCAGGAGCUGGCCCUGCACUAUCUGCACGAAUCCAGGGGAGACAUCCUGGAAACUCUGAAUAAGCUGCUACUAAAGAAGCCCCUGCGGCCCCACAACCACACGCUGGCAACUUAUCACUACACAGGCUCUGACCAGUGGAAGAUGGCUGAGAGGAAGCUGUUCAACAAGGGCAUUGCCAUCUACAAGAAGGAUUUCUUCCUGGUGCAGAAGCUGACUUCCCAGAAGUUCCCAAGGGUGCCUCCUUCCAGAAGAGAAUCCCCGAGUGAAGAGAGGCUGGAGCCCAAGAGGGAGGUGAAGGAGACCAAGAAGGAGGGGGAAGAGGAAGUGCCAGAGAUCCAGGAGAAGGGGGAGCAGGAAGAAGGGCGAGAGCGGAGCCGGCGGGCGGCGGCCGUCAAAGCCACCCAGACACUACAGGCCAAUGAGUCGGCCAAUGACAUACUCAUCCUCCGAAGCCACGAGUCCAAUGCCCCUGGGUCUGCCAGUGGCCAGGCCUCAGAGAAGCCAAGGGAGGGGCCAGGGAAGUCACGAAGGGCACUACCUUUUUCAGAGAAGAGGAAAAGAACAGAGACAUUUAAUAAGACCCAGAAUCAAGAAAACACUUUCCCUUGUAAAAAAUGUGGCAGGUAA